AUGGAUCUCGCAGGACCGAUUCAUGGCCAAUCCUACCUUGUUGUAGUUGACGCCGUCACGAAGUGGCUCGAGGUGCGACCCGUGUCCACCGCAACAAGCUCCACCCUCAUCGACGCGCUACGCGCCAUCUUUGCAACUUUCGGACUUCCGCAACUCGUGGUCAGCGAUAAUGGUACCGCCUUCGUCUCCAGCGAGAUGAAGUCGUUCUUCAGCCGCAAUGGUAUCCGCCACGUAACCAGCGCCCCAUAUCAUCCCGCUACAAACGGCCAGGCGGAGAGGAUGGUUCAGGAGCUAAAGCGGGCCCUGAAGAAACACACCCAAGGAAGUAUUCAGUGUCGUCUGUCGAGAUUCCUCCUGAACCAGCACACCACAGCGCAUGCGGUAACCAAGGAGACGCCAGCCAAACAAAUGUUUGGAAGGGAAUUGAGGACUGCCCUGGACGCAAUUCACCCGCAUUACGAGGACUCGCCCCCCGACACCCAAGCCCAGCUUGACGGCCACUUCAAGGUCGGCCAGACCGCGUGGUUCAGGACUUUCACCAAUAAUGGAAAGUGGUGUCAAGUGAAGGUCUGCAGGAAGGUCGGGAAACGUUCCUACGAGGGCCUCACACAGGAUGGGCGACUGCUUCGUCGGCAUGUGGAUCACAUGCGCAGGUCCUCUUCGCCGGUUGACAGCCCACCACGUCUCACGUCAAGCUUCCGGUUCCCCACAGGUGACAUAAAUUCGCCACCUGCAAGGCUACCGGUGCCGCCAAACGACUCGCCUUGCCCCACAGACGUGGUCCCCAUCACUUCCCAAGCUCGUUCGAGACAUAUUCCUCAAUGGCUUUCCACAGCGGCGGAGCACCCGCCUCACGACGACGCUCCACUACCGGCAGCACCUAGGGACAUCAUAUCGGGGCCUACGUCAUCUCGUGGUAGACCACUCAAGAAACCUGUGCGUUUCGGACAUUCAGUUUCAGACUAA